AUGACAGGAGUAAAGACAGCAGGGUCCAUCUUCAUCUGUUUUUCACUGCUUCAAGGUUUUGUUGCAGCUUUGAACUGCACCAGCCCAACUCCUGGAGCCUUGUUUGAUGCCCUGGAUAAAGAAUUGUUUUCUAAAAAACGGCUACGACCUGUAAAAAGCUUUUCAGAUUCAAUGAACGUAAACAUCAGUAUUGUUGUUGUGGGAAUUGUAGGAGUGGAUGAGCAAGCCCAAUCCUUAACAUCAUUUUUAUGGCAAGUCCUGGAGUGGAAUAUAGCGGGACUGAGCUGGGAUGAGAAGGAAUGUGGAACUAAAAGAGUCUCUAUCCUUCGGGAAGAUAUCUGGGUCCCAGACAUCAGGAUCGGAGAGUUCAUGGAUGAGGAUGUAUCGCCCCAAACUCCCUAUGUCUACUUGUACAACACUGGCCGAGUAUAUGAUGAUAAGCCGCUCAGAGUGGUCAGCACCUGCAGAUUAGUGAUCUACACUUUCCCCUUCGAUGUCCAAAACUGCUCGCUGACCUUUGGAUCAUAUCUACAUGUUGCUGAAGACAUAAAAAUAUUUCCAAGGUUUACGGCUGCACAAGUCCUGGCAGAGUCAAAACAGUCGAUACAGACCCAAGGGGAGUGGGAGCUUGUCGAUGUCAAAGCAGAUUCUGCCAACCUGGAUAUACCUGAUGGAAGCUACUCUGAGAUCAAAUACUAUUUGAUUUUAAGACGUAGGCCCCUCCUCUACGUGGUGAACCUGCUGAUCCCCAGCUGCUUCCUCAUCACAGUGGACCUCUUCAGCUUCCUGCUGCCUCCCCAGAGUGUGGACCGUUCCUCCUUCAAAAUGACCCUCAUCCUGGGCUACACCGUCUUCCUGCUCAUCAUGAACGAUCUGCUGCCAGUAACAGGAAGUGCAACACCUCUCAUUAAUGUUUUCUUCUCGGUCAGUCUUGCUCUGAUGGUGGCCAGCCUGUUGGAGACAGUGUUUAUCACUAAUAUCCAGUUCAGCUCCAGCCAGUACAGUGCGGUGCCUAACUGGCUCAGUCUCCUUGUGUUACGAUACUUAGCUAUUGUUGUUUGUCUUCCUCCUAAGAAGAAGAGCAACCGCGUCACAGUCUGCCUUCAGCCAUCUAGAGAAAUGGAUACCGGCAUCAUCCCGUCAAAAGAUCUUCAGAGUGUCUCCAGUGAGAAACCUCAGGAGAAAACUCCUUCGGACCCGGCUCUAGAUGAACUGAAGACACUGAGCAGAGAUCUCACAGCCAUCCGCCUUCAAGUGGACAAACACUUCCAGGGGAGCAAUACCUCUCAGGAAUGGCUCAUGAUCGGGAUAGUUGUUGACCGUCUGCUGUUUGGCAUGUACAUUGUCUUUAUCUCAGCCUGCUUUAUCACCAUUGUAUGUAUCUGGCUGUGGAGUAACUUAGAAAAUCCAUAG